UUUCCUCUCGGUCUACUUGUCUAUUUGUCUUUUCUUAGGGUACCAGCUUCUCAGAGCAUGGAUCAUGCCAUCUUCUCUGUUUAGAAGGCAACUAGAACACUGUGGGCAUUUCUGGAAAAUCCUGAAAUCCCAACCUCUGUGUCAUGUGGAAAUCAUGUGGCACCUGACAGGCUACUGGACCUCUCUGACCAUCCUGCUAGUUUUAUGUCUGUUCCUAAGGCCACCUGGAUCACAUGCUUCAGUCAGUUACAAGCCCAACAUUGUACUGAUACUGGCCGAUGAUCUUGGUAUUGGAGAUGUAGGCUGCUAUGGAAAUGAUACUAUAAGGACUCCUAAUAUUGACUGUCUGGCAAAGGAAGGAGUGAAACUUACUCAGCACAUUGCUGCAGCUCCACUGUGCACCCCAAGCAGAGCAGCUUUCCUGACUGGCAGAUACCCCAUCAGAUCAGGUAUGGAUGCCACUAAUGACUAUCGUGUUAUUCAGUGGGCUGGGGCCUCAGGAGGGCUCCCUCCAAAUGAAACCACUUUUGCCAAGAUACUACAGCAGCAAGGCUACAUCACAGGACUAAUAGGGAAGUGGCAUCAAGGUGUGAACUGUGAAUCCCGCAACGACUACUGUCAUCACCCUUUAAACCAUGGGUUUGAUUAUUUUUAUGGCAUGCCGUUUAGUCUAAUGAAUGACUGUCAAAUAACACAACCUCCAGAGAAGGACAGAGUCUUGAGAACCAAACUCUGGCUUUAUUCUCAGACAAUUGGCCUUGCUGUACUCACACUUGCAAUAGCAAGACUUACUGGCUUGGUCUCAGUCACCUGGAAAAUAAUCACCUGCUUUGCUUGGGUUGGUUUUUUGUUCUUUGCAUCCUGGUUCUCGAGUUAUGGAUUCAUAAGAUAUUGGGACUGCAUUAUGAUGAGAAACCAUGAAAUUACUGAACAGCCAAUGGUGGUAGAAAGAACUACAUCCCUUAUACUGAGAGAGGCCAUUUCUUUUAUUGAAAGAAACAAGCAUGGGCCGUUCCUCCUCUUUGUUUCCUUUCUACAUGUCCACACACCCCUCAUCACCACGGAGUUGUUUCUUGGGAAGAGCAGGUAUGGCUUAUAUGGAGAUAAUGUAGAGGAGAUGGACUGGAUGGUGGGCAGGGUCCUGGAUGCUAUUGAUAAGAAAGGUUUGAAAAAUACCACACUCACGUACUUUUCCUCUGACCAUGGUGGGUUCUUGGAAGCUCAAGGAGGAAAAGGCCAAUUAGGUGGCUGGAAUGGAAUAUACAAAGGUGGAAAAGGUAUGGGAGGCUGGGAAGGAGGAAUCCGUGUGCCAGGGAUAUUUAGAUGGCCGGGAGUGUUACCUGCAGACACAGUUAUUGAUGAACCUACAAGUCUUAUGGACAUUUACCCUACGGUGGCUUACCUGGCUGGAGGGAUAGUGCCUCAGGACAGAGUGAUUGAUGGCCGGAACCUGAUGCCUUUACUGCAGGGGUCCAUUCAGCACUCAGAGCAUGAGUUCCUGUUUCACUACUGUGGCAUGUAUUUACAUUCAGUACGGUGGCACCAAAAGGACAGUGGUGCACUGUGGAAGGCUCAUUAUGUGACUCCAAUAUUCCAGCCAGAGAGUGCUGGAGCGUGUUAUGGAAGAGGAAUUUGCCCAUGUUUUGGGGAAGGUGUAACCCAUCAUGACCCUCCUUUACUCUUUGAUCUCUCCAGAGACCCGUCUGAGGCCAAACCUCUAUCACCUGCCACUGAGCCCCUGUUUGACACAGUAAUAAGCAGAAUAGCAAGAGCUGUUCAGGAGCAUCGCCAGACGCUGACUCCAGUCCCACAACAGCUCUCAUUGUACAACAUUAUGUGGAAGCCCUGGCUGCAGCCGUGCUGUGGGACAUUCCCGUUUUGCUGGUGUGAUAAAGAAGGAUUACACAGUUGGCUAGCUGUAUGAAAAAUAGGGUUUAGUGAAGGCCAUUUCAUGAAACAAGAUUUCAGUCUACAUGGACCAAAUUAAUAUGUUCCAGUAUGGCAAGUCUUAGGAGUAUCUAUCCACUGCUGAAGAUAUAGCUCAGAUACAUUGCAGUGUGCCAAAAUUAAAGAUGCUGUAUAAACCAUAACUUUGAAUCUCUUGAAAUUUGUGGAUAUAAUUUCACUAGCUCAGCAUCAUUUUUAUACUGAAUUUCUAUGCAAGGAUGUAUUACCAACUUUCUAGCAAAGGGCUGCCUGCAAUGUUUCAGCACAGUUGGUCAUAUAUAAGACACAUCUUGUGUAAAAUACUUCCAAAAUAAUUUCCUUUGAUACUCCAUGGAAGAAGAAUCCCUUAGUCCUUCC